GAGAAGAGCGCAUGGUGGUCGUCACUUGGCUCGCCCCUCCCCAGUCUCCCCACAGUCCCCGCCCCUUCCCCCCAGCCUCUCCCCAGUUAUCAUGGCGGCCACCGACAAGCAGGAGGGUGUCGGCGGCGCCCAGGGGAGGAGGAGCAAGCCAAAAAAAAAGAAGAAGACCAAUAAAGCCAAAAAAGACAAGCCUGAUGGCGGAGUGGCGGUGGUCAACGGGGAGUCUGAACCCAGCACAAGUGGCAUCACCAAGGCUGUCACAGCCGCCACGGAUAGUGUUGGAGCUGGCGAGGAGCAGGUCCUCCCGCACACGCCCAUCGGCAUACCGCAGGUGGAGCAGUACAUGAGGAAGAUGCAGCUGCAGGAACAGAAGGAGUUCCUCUUCUGGAACACUCAACCAGUUCCAAAGAUCAGUGAAGACAUCGGUGAAGAUGUGAAUGAGGCCAUUGAGUCUGAGAAGGCCAUUUCAGACAUCAAGCAAGAGCCGUACAACCUCCCCGAUGGCUUCUUCUGGGACACACUAGACCUACAAAACCCUGAGGUGCUGCAGGACCUGUAUCACCUUCUGAACGAGAACUACGUUGAAGAUGACGACAAUAUGUUCAGAUUUGACUACAGCCAAGAGUUCCUGCGGUGGGCCCUCAUGCCGCCCGGAUGGAAACACCCGUGGCAUGUUGGCGUGCGCGUCUCCAAAAGCAACAGACUAGUCGGCUUCAUAUCCGCCAUCCCCGCCAAGAUUAGGAUAUUCAACCAUCAACAAGAAAUGGUUGAAAUAAACUUCUUGUGUGUGCACAAAAAGUUGAGGUCCAAACGUCUGGCGCCAGUCCUAAUCAAGGAGAUCACUAGAAGAGUCAAUCUCACAGGUAUCUUUCAGGCGGUGUACACAGCUGGGGUGCUGCUGCCCCGACCCAUGGCCUCAUGCCGCUACUGGCAUCGCUCCCUCAACCCAAAGAAGCUGAUAGAGGUGAAGUUCUCUCAUCUGGGCAAGAACAUGACCAUGCAGCGCACCCUCAAGCUGUACCGCCUGCCCUCUGACACGGCCACGCGGGGGUUCAGGCGCCUCCAGCCUGAGGACGUGGACUCGUGCCACCGGCUGCUGGCCAACUACCUCAAGAGGUUUGACUUGGCACCAGUGUUCAGCAGAGAGCAGUUUCUUCACUGGUUCCUCCCUCAGGACAAGAUCAUUGACAGCUACGUGGUGGAGACAGGUGGCAAGGUGACAGAUUUUGUGAGUUACUACACCCUGCCGUCCACGGUGAUGCACCACCCCACCUACAAGAGCCUGAAGGCCGCCUACUCCUUCUAUAACGUGUCCUCAACAACCCCGUGGAAGGUCCUCAUGAAGGAUGCGCUCAUCACUGCCAAGAAUGCUGACUAUGAUGUCUUCAACGCUCUUGACUUGAUGGAGAACUCAAAGUUUUUGGAGGAGUUAAAGUUUGGACAAGGUGAUGGCAACUUACAGUAUUACCUCUACAACUGGAGGUGUCCCAAAAUGUCUCCAGAAAAGGUUGGACUAGUGUUACAAUAAUGAAAUUAGGAUCUGCCUCUUGCUAGUUCUCUUCGGGUGGGCUGCCAAGGACCUCGUGGAUUGCAGGAGUCAAUGAUUUGGGGUCCAUCUCUUCGUGUAACUCAGCAUAAUGUUUCAUUCAAUCACACGUACCCUGUAAUGAGGUAUAAUUAAAAGUGCAAUUAAAUUAUGAAAAGGUAAUCAUAUACCAUACAGGUAACCCCCACUAUUCAACAGUUGUGUUCCAAACAUGAUGGAAUGGCGACGUGACGAAUAUUGAACCCAUUUUUCCUGUAGGAAUGUAUGUAAAUAAGUGGGAUUAUGUUCAUGACCACCUUGACCUAAAAUGAGGGAAAAAAUGUAUGUGUUUAUUUUACAGAAUGUAUGUUAACUUAAUAAUGACAGGGAAAAACUACUGUUCACACUUGCUUUGCAAGUCUACACCUUCACAGUGUUCUUGAAAGCUCCAGGCCUAGCGCCCCAAUUGUGAAGCUCUCCACCGGUCCCACUCACAAAGAACUUAAAGGAUGUUGAGAAGUGUCCUGAGAUCUCACAUUCAGGAGUCACACACUGUACUGCAACAACUUUAAGCUUAGACUUUACUACCUUGUUGAAUAGUUUUUCUAACUUUACAAUCUUUAUUUUGGAGUAGAGCGUCUUAAUGUUGCAAAUUGAAUAAUACGUAUAUAUUUACCAUCAACUUCAAACUGGAUUUUGGUGGUAACCUUUACCACUGUUCUCUAUGGCCCUGUACAGGAGUCUGGAUGAUGUUUGCCACUCACUUAAUAAAAGUUUAUAAUCUUCA